AUGGAGCUGUACCUCAGCGCCUGCUCCAAGGCCGCCAACGUCGCCGCCGCCAAGACAGCCGCCAGCAGCCUGGCCGCAGACAGCCAGCAGUGUGGAGAUGGUACACACAAAACCCACUUUCCCGGAGUGGGAGCGGCGCAGCUGCUGGAUCUGCCUCUUGGGGUCAAGCUGCCUAUGAUCCCUGGAAGUGACACUGUGUUCUUUACUACCAAUAUAAGUGAGAAGCUUUUUCGACCUUCUUAUGGUUUUAACCUGAGUGAUCCUUAUUGCCGAUUAUUGGAAAACCAAUAUAAAAGUCUCCAUGAUCCACAUUUAAGAGCAUACUACAAACGCAAAGAUAUCUUAAGGAGAUUAAAGAAAGGUGGCUACAUCACCAGCAAUAAUAAAAUUGUGUGUACACUGAGGGAAUUGAAUAAGUACAGACAAUAUCUUACCAGUUUAAAAUUAGACUUUGAAAGAAACUACAUUAGAGAACAAAAAAUGCUUGCAAAGCAGCUACACAGACUACAGGAAACUCCAAUCCCUGGGUGUUCUGGUGUUACACACUUCCAAAAUUGGUUCUUACAAGGAGGCACCCAAUCUGUUAAGGACCGGGAGCGUUUAAUAAGGCACAGAUACCUGGACAUGAUAAGUAGGGAAUUAGAACAACGUGAACGCACAGCAGAAGAACAGCGCCUACUCCGCAUGGAUAGAGAAGAAAGACAACAGCGGGAACAUGCCAGAAGGAAGCUUAACCUCCGCAGAAAAAUUGAAGAGGAAUGGAAGACAAAGGAGAUGCUGCUUCUGACACGAAUUGAAGAAGAUGUUAAAAGGGAACAGAGAAUAGAAGAACAACGACGAAAAAACAGAGAAGAGAGUGACAGAAAGAAGCAAGCCCUUCUCGAGAGAAAAAUGGCUUAUCAUUUACAAAAAAUGCAAGAUACUGGUUUUAAAGAAGAUGAUGUGGGAAAAGGUGUAUACGAUUAUAGAGGACAAGAUGGACCACUUGGUGAAUCAUCUCCAAAGAAGAAAAAGAAAAGUUCUGAUGAUAAAAAGUUGCUGUAUCCUGUUGAUGACCAGAAAAUGUAUAAAGAAGCACAAGGGCAGGCAUCAAAUACUGCUUAUUCUCAAAGUAAUACAAAGGAUAUCUUAAAAAAAUCAGCUUCACUUGUUGUUCCACCAGAUGUACAGGAUGAUACAGAAAAAAAGAAAGAUGCGAAUGUUGACUGGAAUCAAAGAACAGCUAAGAGAUCAAGCCACUUCUGCGAACCAGGACCUCAGACUCGUGAUACAGCUGCAAGUAUUUUUCCUAAUCCAGGGUACUCAAACACACAGCAGAAUCUCCUGCAAAAUUGCUUGCAAGAAAAAGUAACUUCUGAAGAGCUGUAUAGUAUAAUUCAGAAUAUAAUGACCUGGGUUGUGGCUACAGUGACCAGCAUAUUAUACCCAGCAAUUACAAAGUAUGAAGAAAGGUUACAAAAUAUUACAUACCCUGUUUCUGAUGAUUCAGUCCUCUCUUCGGAUAGUUCAAGCUUCUGCAGCACCUGCAGUGAAGAGUUUACAUAUGGAAACUACACAUCUGCAACAACUAAAACAUUUCAGACAGAGCCUUGCACAUUUGAAGUUGACAUGUCAGUAAGGAGACCAACCACAGCUUUCAAACCUCCUCCUGCCCACGUGGAAAGAAGAGUUGUAGGGACAACCUACCACAUGGCAGCACCAUCUUUAACAUCUGAACUCAACUAUAACAAAUCCAACUUGGUAUAUUUUUGCCCAAAGCUCAGAAGUUGUAAAUCUGAUAGUCACCUUUUGCUUUCAUUUGAAACAAGUACAAAAACUUCUAAAGAUGCUACCACUGAAACAGACAGCUUAGUGAGCCCAUUGUUUAAUGAUUAUAAAACAAAAGCUGCAAAUGAGAUGAAGAACUUGAAGAACGUUUUUGUUGACUUUAAAUGCCACUUGAAGGGGGAAACUGAAUUGAUUUUAGGAAGUAUUUUUCAAGAAAUAAUGUCUGAUUUAACCCAAGCGAUUCCAUCUCUUUCUUCUGUUACUGCUGAAGUUUUUGUUGACCAAAAUGAGUCUGAUAAAGAAGACUUGAUUUCUAAUGUUGAUAUCUGCUCAGUAGCUUCUGACAUUGUAGAAAGUAUGCUUGAGAAGCUAGAGUUUGCAGUUGAAAAAAAGUAUGUUGAGAUAUUUUCACAAGAAGACUUGUCUAUCAACAUUUCACCAGUAUUAACAGAUAGUGGGGAAUAUUUUAUGUUAUCAAAUGGAAAGCCAUCCGAAGCUUCUCUGCCUUGUACUUUGGAACCCAUGAAUGACAUUGCAGAAGAUAUGGUACAAACCAUUUUAGAAAGGCUGAUGUGCCUCACAUAUAGCAAGCAAAAUGAAAUUACUCACUUUGAAGAUACAAAUGAACUUUCCAAUCAGCAAAGUAAGAGAGAUUCACCAUAUAUGAUGUCCCAACCAGAUAACAGCCAUAAAUGUAGUCCCCAACUUGACACGGAUAAUUUAAUUCUGAAAGAGGAAGUACAAGGUUUAAUGUCACAUGUUUUUUCUCAGUCAUCUUUGGUGGGUCAUAUAAAGGAAGCAGUCAGUGUUAUAUUAGGUUAUGUCCAAGCUGAACUCAACAAUGAGCGGCUAAUCGCAUCUGAAGACACAGUAGCACUCCUUCAGAUACUUGAUGGUAUCUUCUCUAAGCUCCAUGAAGAACCAGUACAAGCUGAUGAUCAAAAAAGUAAACAGCCUGAGAGGAAUGCUGACAUUGAAGAAAAAUAUAGGCUUGCUGGCACUAGAUUAUCAAAUAGUCCCAGGUCUAGAAGGUCAUUUCCACCUGUUAAUGUUCCAGGUAUGGUAGUUUAUUCUGAAGAUGAUAAUGAAGAAAUAAACAAAAUUGUGAAUACUGUUCUGGAUUCAUCUGUCAGAGAUGAAAAAGAAAAAUCUCAAGAAAAUACAUCUGAUCAUUGGUUUACGAAGGAAAACACUUGUUUUGAAAACAAAAAUGGCACUAGAUUGUCUAGUAAGCCACCUUCUCAAAGCAAAGCUGCAUUGCAUGAUUGGGGAUUAAAGACCGAGCUACCACCUCUUAUUAAUGAAAGCAUUUUAAAGAAAAAAUGCUUGCAUAAAGACACUUCAAUUUUCAGCCAACAACAAAAGCAGCAGAUACAAAUGGCUUCAGAAACCAUAGUUAAAGAUAUUUUAGCAGAAAUGUUCAAGGAGAUAUCUUGCAUUCCUCCUGGACAGGUAGACUGCAAAAGCAGCAAAGACACUUCAGUUCUUGUUUCAGAAAAACCUCAGGAAUCAUCACAUCAGGAACAGAUGGACCAGAUGUUCUCUGUGUCAGAAAUUAGUUCACUGUCUCAGGAAAUAACAGAUACAGUGAUAAAUAUACUUCAUAAGGCAUCACACUAUAUUAACAAUACUGCUAAAUACUCUGUUUCAUCAUUAACUCUUCAGACUAAAUUUGAUCCUCUUCAGGAUGAUUUUGAUACUUCCCACACAAUCAAAGACAUGCCAAAUAAAAAGCCAUUAAAAAUAUGGUUUGACAGUGACAAGAAAAUGAAAUAUUUAUCUUCAAUCAAUGUAGAUCCUGUAAGACCUUCUUGGCUAAAGUCUGGAGAAAAUGAUCCUAAACCUGUAGAUGACAUUAUUCAUAAAAUCAUUAAUACAGUUUUUAAAAGGCUGAAGGCAUUUAUUUGUCCCAAAUUGCGAAUCAGGUCGAAGCCUUUACUUGUUAAGCACUUUUCAUUACAGUCUCAUCUCAGCACUUACACAGCAAAAGUAGUACACAUUGUUUUACGUGCUAUCCAGAAUGAAUUGGAACACAACAAAAAAGACUUAUGUAUUAAGAAGGCAGACCAUGCCAGAAUCCUUCCAAGUAAAGGAUUUUUUGUUAAUGCUGAAAAGAAAUUUGGAUCUCUUGUCAUAAAUCCUAGUGAUGAUGUUAUGGGGAGCCCUUUAUUAACUUUAAUUUGUGAGAUUUUAUUAAGUGGAAAUGAAAGACAAGGAAAUGUUUUACUCCCUUCAGCAAAAGCAAGGUCUGAAGCCUCAGAUGAAUGUGAUAAUGCUGAUAAGCAACACAUUUUUUCAACUAGUCAGAAUUCAUUUCGCAAAUCUUUGGCCAACCCAUGUACUCUGCACAGUGUCAGUGAUACAAAAGAUCUCAAAAAGAAAGUCAAAUUGCAAGUGUUAGAUAGAAUUGGAGAGACAGUGCAUGAAAUGAUAGGCAAACUCCCACAAGCCCACCCUCACUGUCAGCCAUGUGGUAGUCUGCAAACUACAGAGAAGACAAACAGUGAUCAGCAAAUGGCUGCUUCAAUGCAAUCUAACAUACAGCGCAUUUCCAAAACAAUUUUGGAAUAUGUCCUUGCAAAAUUAUGUGAUUUUGACAUGGAUACCAGUUUGGGAAAUUCUGAAUGUAAAGCUGUCUCAGAGUCUCUUAAUAUUGACAGUUUAUCAUUUGAAUCAAUUAUUGAACAGGUGACCAAAUGCACCAGCAUAAUUUCCAGAAUGAUCCAGGGGGAUAAUAAUGAGGUAACUAAAAUCAAGGAACAAACUGUUUCUCCCAUGUUUUCCAAAGUGGGGAGCACAGAAGAAACACAGACAAACAAAUUGAAAGUUAUAGCAUCAGAUAUUCUUAAUACGGUUUUUGCUAAACUAGAAGUAUUUGCAAAUGGAAAUUUAGAAACUCUGGGUGUUAUUAAAGAUAAAAAUAAAAACAGCAGUAAUAUGGAUUGGAAAUGUGAAAGCCAUAGUGUUUUCACAGAUACACAUGAAGAACCAUUGCAUUCCGUUCUAUACAUGCAAGCCAAGAAGGUCUCAAGUACUAUUUUGAAGGCAAUUCAAACAGAAUUAAAUAUGAACCCUUCAGAGUUGAAGACAAGUGUAAAAACCUCACCACCUGAGACACAAAUGCUUAAAAAUAUAGUCAAUUUAAUUUCAGAUGCAGUCUCCUCAGAUAUAUUUAGUGAAACUGAACCUGAGGAAGAAGACAUUAAAACAUACCGAUACAAGCCAUCUUAUGGAAAUCUUCCUGGAGGAGCUGAAUCAGAUUCACUUCUAGAUGAUGAUACAGAAACAAUGAACGAAUUCACUAGAGAGAGCACAUUAGUAAGAGAAGAAGCUAACUCCCAUGCUCUUAAGCAACAGAUUCUACAAAGAACCUUAAAUAAAGUUGAAGUGAAGCUUAAGGAAGCAUGUAAAUCUCCAAUUGCUCCCAUUAUUAAAAGUAUCUUGAAUGAAAUUUUUCAAACUGCUUUUACCAAUCAAUUAAAUGUGCAAGGCAUGCCUCACAAUGUUUUUGAGCCAAUUGCUCAUACAUCUGUUCAAUUUGUAGAUAGCACAACAGAUCCUUUAGUGUCUGACACAGAUGUUACCACAGUGGCAAAUGAUGUGGUUAAGACUGUUUUUCAUAAACUUUAUUUAGCUGUAAUGACAGAAACAAAUGUGAGAGAAAACAGGUAUAAAACCAUUACGUUUUCAGCAAAUGUCUCGUUUCAAAAGCACACCUAUGGAGGAAACUCUUCUGUUACUUUGUUGGACAGAAACCCAUCUAUGCUUCAAACAAGAUUCAGUGUUGACAAACAAAUUAAAAUGAGUAUAAUUGAAGACAUUACACAGGAAAUAUUGACAAAUUUGGAAACUUUUGCUACUUCCAAAAUAGAAUCUCUAUUUUCUCCCCAAGCCAGCACCAUAGCUCCAGUAGCUUUAUCUAGUCAGCAAAGUAAGAGUACAUUUAGCAAAUCAUUAUCAUCUGAAGACUCACACUAUGAUGAACAACUUUCCUGUGGCUCAGUGGAUCAUAUUAAAUCAGGAAAGACCAACUCAUUGUGCCAAUUACCUAUGUCAAAAUUGAAUACAUAUGCAACAGAAGUGGCUAGAAAGAUUUUACAAGGAAUCAAACAUGAGUUAGAUAGAGAAAGGGGAAGUCCUUCCUUAACACAUAAUGUUGUGGCCCCAGAAAGUAUUGCAAGUCAGGUUGUUAACUCCAUGUUGACUAUUGUGUCAUGUAAAAGCAAAUAUAACAAAAACAAUUCUAACAAACAGAAUGAUUCAGAUCAGCAAGGAAGUAUUUUUAAAACCCUGUUCAAUAAGCCUGAAUAUCAAAAAACACUACAGACUCAAAUUCAAGAUACUAUUCAAGACAUAAUAAAUGACAUUUAUGAAAAAACACUGUAUUAUAAUAAUAUCUCAUUUCCUGCAUCUACUAUGAAAUCUGGCAUGACUGAUGAACAUUCGGAAACAAAUUCUGAAAUGUUCAUUGAAGAUGCAAAGAUUAUUCCUAAGCUUUCACUUUCUAAGUCAGAUGUCAUUUUGCUAGCUAAUGAUAUUGUCAAUAUUAUUCUUCAGAAUCUUAGUUCUGCUGUUAUGCUUCGCAUGAAUGCAAUACUUGCUACUUCUGCAAGAUCGCAUGUGACUACUUAUGAUACAUUUCCAAUUAUGGGGCCAAAAAAUGAAUUGGAAAGAGAACAUAUUCCACAUUCACAAAAUCAGAAAUCAGCUUGUGCUGAUGAUAACCAGACAACUGAAGGGGAGAAUGAAGAAACCAAGAAAUUCCUCAACCCAUGUGAGGAAAAUGCUAACUCCAUUACUAAGACUAUUUCCAGUAGGUUAGAAGCCUUUAUGGCAGAAAGAAUGGAUUCAAUAAUGACUCUUGCUUUCCGGAAUAAGAUAAGAUCCACUGUCAUCCCAGAAUUGGAAAUUCACAAACAGGAUGGUUGCAGUUUGGAUGAAUCAAGCCAAAUGGAAUCUGAUGUAAAUGUACUGAAAGUAUCAACUGAACCUGAUCUCAGUCAAAAGCUUACACAUUCUUCUUUUGCUAGUUACAGAGAAAAGAAUGGAUAUACAAUUAAUUUAUCACAAAUGAGUCUUAUAGAAGGUGCAGAGUUCAUUGCCAGUACUACUUUGAAACUUAUUAAAAAUGACAUAGACUUAGAAUUCCAAAAAAUGCAUUCAUACUCUAACAAUAUUUCCAUCCAGGAAACCAUCAUUGUGAGUGAAAUUGUCAACAGUAUCUUAAAGAUUUUGUAUGAUAAUAGGUCUGCAAAUAAUAUAUUCCUGGGAGACAAAGAGAAAGAAAAAAACACCAAGUUAUCUCUGUUUACAGAGUAUCCACUAGAACAGAAACAAAUAACAUUAGAAAAAGAAAGCCGGAAAAUUAUUUUGGAAGACAUAUUUAUGAAAAAAAGAGAAUUGAAACAAAAAGAAAAAACUGAACUGCUUAGUGCAGUGGAAGAAAUUUUGAAAAAGUUAGAUCAAAGAGUAAUACAAGUUAUAGGUCAUUUACCGCCAUUUAAUGAAAUCCCCUGUUUUAAUUCUAAAAUUGAGACAGAUAUAACACAUAAAAACCAUUUCCAUAGUGAAGCAAAGGACAUCGUUGAGAGUGUUUUAGAGAAAAUAUACUCUUUAGUUGUGACAUUAUUAAGUGGAAAUACUAAAAGAGGACAAACAGAAGCAUCCGAGAGCAGUGAUACCUCGAAACUGUCUUCUUUCAGAGAAACUAAACAAUCAGGGAAAACAAGUAACUCUCCCAGAUAUGUGGUAACACCAGUUUAUCCUUUAGCAGAGAACCAAAGGUUUUCUGUGUUUGGAAACACUUUUUGGCAAUAUUCACCAUUACAAGUAGGGAAAGAUUUAGUACAAAUGGUUCUCAGUAAAAUCACAAAUUUUUUGUUCCUCCAUCUAGAAGAGAGUUUAUCCUCUGAAGAAGGUUUGGAUGAGUUGCAGCUUCCAAGAUUACGUAAUUCUAAAGUCACCUCUAAGGGCAGCCCAAAGCCAAGUUUGAAAAUGGGUUUAAAACCAAGGUCAAAAAUCACUUCAUUGCCUAAAUGUAGAACUAAGCAAAACCUUGGACCUAGUGGUAGUAAAGUAAAAAGCAAGAACAGGUUAAGUCCUGGAGAGAAGAUCCCCAAAGGCAAUUGGUCCAGUGUUGCCGUUGAUCAACCAUACAGUGUAUCAAUAGCAGAUGCCAAAAAUUUACUCAAAGCAAAACUGCCCACUUCAGAACUAAAAAUAUAUGCUAAGGAUAUUACCAUCAGUAUUCUAGAAAAAAUUGUGAAAGAAUUUGAAAAGGUGAAACAGACUAAAGGAAUGGAAAAUAUAACAGCUUUACACUCUGAUCAUAUUCUGGAAGCGAGUAAAAUAGUGAGUACAAUUUUGCAGGAACUACAUGCUUCAAAUAACCACAAUUUGAGUCAUUCAACCAAAUUGUCAUAUUUGGAUCAUCUCAAACUUUCCCAGGGGAUCCCGAGUGCAGGGUCACUUGCCGAACAACAAUCCUGUUUUUAUUUGGAAAAUGUUUCUUCACAGCUAGAACAGAUUUUUCCUAAAGAUGGCAUAUUUAAACAGAUGUUUGACAAAUGGCAAACAGAAUCAAAUGACAAGGAGAGUGACAAAUAUAAGCUAUUGAUGAUAGCUGAAAAUGUUUUGACUGAAAUUUCAAUAAAGGCAAAAGAUUUAGAGUAUUCGCUUUCACUUUUAAAUUUGCCACAUUUUGAAGAUCGUGAGAGUAGGUUCUAUACUCAUCAUAGUGGAGUUUAUUCUAGAGCUGAGGAUGCCAAAGCACAAAUUAAUAUGUUUGGAAGGGAAAUUGUUGAAAUGCUAUUUGAAAAAUUGCAGUUGUGUUUUUUGUCCCAGAUGCCUAGUGUGGAUAGUAAAGAAACUCUACCAAAUAGGAAAGAGCACAUUACUGCUGCCAGUCAACACAGCUUUCCAGCCAAGCACAUGCUCAGCAACUUAUCAACGUAUAAUAUGAAGACAAAAGAUCAAAUGUCUAUGGACUCUAGCAACCAAAUUGUUCGAGAGAUUGUACAAAGGGUUUUAGAUAUUUUAGAGUCAUUUGUAGACUUGCAAUUUAAGCAUAUCUCUAAAUAUGAGUUCUCUGAAAUAGUGAAAAUGCCAAUAGAAACCCUUUUUCCUGUCCACCAGCGAUUAUUAAGUAAAAAGAUGUUGCCAAAAUUACAACCAUUAAAAAGGUCUUCUGCUGAAUCCACGUCAAACACUCCUAUUUCCAAAGAAAACAUUCAGAAUACCCUGCUAGAGGUUCAUUCAUUCCAUUCAGAAUUGCUUACAUAUGCAGUUGCUAUUGUCAGUGACAUGCUGGAUACAAUUAAGAACAAGCUAGACAAAGAAAUAAGCCAAAUGGAACCAUCUUCAAGUAGUGUUUUGAAAGAGAACACUGUAGCAAGUGAGAUCAUUGGCACACUAAUGGACCAGUGUGCUAAUUUCCAUGAAUCUCUGAUCAAAAACCUUCCAAAGGAAGGUCUGUUUCAAGGGUCAGAAAAAACUUACAUUGUCAAUCACACAGAGUUAGCAACUAACAUGAAAAUUUCCAAAUCAAAGACAAAAGAAACCAGUUUGGGAAAUAAUUCUCCGCAAAGGAGAAUCCCAGGCCACUUGCUUCAUUCAGAGGAAAAUAUAAAACACAAAUUCAAGGUUCCAUCAGAUCUGUUCUCCCAUGCGAGUUCUGCUGUGGAAGGUAAAUACCAAAGCUCAAAUCCAACGGAAGGGCCAAAUUCAAAAAUUAUGACAUCAUGCUUUAGAAAUAAAAUACAAAGCCCAAGGCCAAAAAAAAUUAAAUUUAGUCAUUUUGAUGAGGUGGUGAAGAAAAACAGUUCAUUCUCAGAAGAUAGUGUCUUAACAAGACUAUCAAGGAAAGCAAACGACUCAACAGAAGCAGCAUUUAAGCAGGUCAUGUCAUUCAUAGAAGGGGGAAAAGGUGAAAAUCCCAGAGUAUUUUAUUUUGAGACUCCAAAACCAUUGGUGGAGUCAAAUCAAAUUCAAACAACAGUUUCUCCACUCAAAAUAUGUUUAGCUGCAGAAAAUAUUGUUAAUACUGUGUUGUCAAACUAUGACUUUCCAAGCCAAUUGCACCCCAAUGGAAGCAUGGAAACAAUUAAGCCAUUUUUUAUAUCAAAGCAAAGUCCUUUGACUGAAAUAUCUGGUGGGCAAAAGAAUGAAGAGACAAGUCUACUUAGAAUUUGGAGUAAAAGAAUAAAUUUUAUGCUUAAAAAAGAAAGCAGCAAUCUUGAAUCCAGCACAGAUUUUCCUUUAUUGCAAAAAUGGCAAAAUAGCCAGUAUACAACAAAAAUAGAGACCUUAAAAGAAAUUGAAGCCAUUUCUUUCGCUGAUCAUGAACUAGGUCCUAAUGAAAUUCAUUUGGUAGCAAGACAUGUCACCACAUCAGUCAUCACACACUUCAAAAACUUUGAAACUAGAGUUUCCACAGAGGAGAUGGUGUCUAUUGUUUCUACACUAUCAUUGAAAAAAUAUGAACAGAAACAGCCUCAAAGAAGCAUAUAUCGUCAUUCUUCAAUUCAUCAAUUUUGUGAACAUCUCACCAAGUCAGUAAUUUACCAUCUAGCUUCCAGCAUUUCUGGUGACACUAAAAAGGAUAAAGAGAAAGAGAAAAUAUGGGAAAUGCAAGAUGCAGCGCUCAACAAGAUUAUUUCAAUUCAUUCUCAGAUAUUUGGGAGCAGGUCAAUUUCUAUUGGAGAACUUGCUUUAAGCAUUUCUGAAAUAGUUAUUGAAAUCCUUUUUAAUGGUAACAUUAUAGAAGCUGACAUUGCACAACAAGUUAUUUCCAUAAAAACAAAAUAUAUUUACUGUUCAGGAGUAGCUUCUGCUGACUUUGACAAUCUUUUUCAAGACCUCUUAAUAGGAGUGAUUCAUGUUCUAUCCAAAGAAAUAGGAAUAAAUCAUCACUUUGAAAGCAGUGGAACAAACCAAUCACUUUCCUCACUUAGAAGCAAUAGUAUGUCUACUUGCAGCAAAACAAAUACGGUAGAAAGACUGAUAGACUCCAUAGAUUCUGAAUCAUCAACCCACCAAGUUGACCAGCUCAUUCAAAAAAAUAAAUUAAAUUAUCUUGCACAAAAGUUAGACCACCUAGCUGGUAGUCUAACAACUCAAGAAUCCAAAGAAGUAGUCAGUAAAGUUUUUGAUAUUGUUUUAGAUUUAUUUAUGCCAGAUGAAUGCCCAUAUGGAGCUAUGGACCCUGGUAAAUUAGCACAAGCAUUUUGCUCUUCCACACAUAAUCAAAGCAAUCAAAGUGACAUCCAAAGUAGAGGUAACCUGGGAUUAUCUCCAAAGUUAGUCUUUCUUCUCAAUGUUGUCUGUGAGAAACUUAUUAGAACACUUUUGGAAAAAUGCACUAGCACUGUUUUUCUUGAUAGUGGUUCUUCUUCUGAUGAAACAUCAACAAAAGAAAGUCAGCUUUCAAGAAUACUUCAAAGUUUAGAAGAUGGUGAAUUUGAUUUUUUUAAGGAAAAAAUAAGUUGUGAGCAAUCUCAACAAGAUUCCCUGUUAGAUCUUUCAGAAAAUCUGACAGAAAUGGAUCAAAAUUCGUUGUCGUCAGACACCAUGCUUACUGCUAUUUCCCAUAGAUUGGUUAAAUCCUUGAUGGACAAACUAUCCCAAAGCUUACAACAAGCUUCUGACAAUCUGCCUUUUACAAACAAGCAGUUGAACUGUAGAACAAGAGAAACACAGUAUAGUUUCACAAAAUCACCAAAACCAGAAUUAACAGAUUUAGGACAAGGACAAAGCAAUAGUUCUUUGGGAUUCAUGAGUGAUGAUGGUAAUUAUAUGACUAAAUCCCUGGAAAACCCCAUUUCAAUUUGUUCCAAAGCAAAAGAACCAUUGAGCAAGCAAUAUACAGUCAAAUCAUCUUUUCUUAAAAGGCAAGAGGCAAAAGAAAUGAAGGCAAUCGCGUUCACCAACAGGCUACACCGAGAUAUGAACAUUGGUGUCUUUUCAGCCACAUUUUUGGAGGAAAUAAUUUCAGAAUUGUUUUUUAAUCUCUCUACCACUUUGUGGAGCAAAUACAAAAGUAUCACUGAGGCUCAACUCAAUGAAACAAAUACAUUAUUCAUCAACAUUAUAGUGAGUGAGUUAAAUAAUGCACAAGUUACUGUUCUACGGAAUGCUGAAGAAAAGCUAUGUUUCCCACCUGUGCAAAAAGAAAUUGUUAAGAAGAUUGUUGACUCCAUUUAUUAUGAUGUUCUACACCAAUAUGAAUUGAAAAUAACCUGUGGUAAUAAUACAAUGUAUGACAAUACCUCAGUAGUAGAACAAAUAACUAAUGACAUAUUAUUAGAGAUUUUAGAUUACCAAUUGCCAUCCAACUUCAGGGCAAAGCUCCCAUUUCAUUCAUACUACUCUCUCAAAGCAGACAUUAUACUUCAGAAACUUCAAAACAAUCUAAGAAAGUUUAUUUGCCAACCUGGGUCUUCAACAACAUAUAGCACUAUGUUAUCACAGUCAUUUUUAGAAGAUGCCAUCAAGAGACUUUUAUUUCAGCUCUUUCCUGCCCUGAGUAAGGCUUCCUCCAUGGGAAAAAAUUAUUUAAUGAGUUCAGAUUUUAAUGAAAUGUCCAGAUGCAUAAUAAACAAGGUUAUAUCAGCCAUUUCAAAACAUAAAAUUGGAUUUACUGUAUGUGAUAAUCAGUAUCUGUGCCAAGGAAAAAACCUUGAAACAAUGGUCAAUUCCAUUUACAGUAAUAUUUUGCAAAUUUCUGAAUCUCUUGACUCAAUAAAGAGAGGCAUAAUCAGCCGAAACCCAGCUGUGGUGGACAGAAUUACCAGUUUUAUUAUCCAAGAGAUCAUUGACAAUCAUCUUCAGCAGUUUUUGGGUGGAGAGAUUUUACCCCGUCCAGGAUCUCCACUCGAUUCUGUAUCUGACAUGGUUAAACAGAUUCUCAGUGAAGCCAUAGAGUCACACAGACCCCAGAAGCAACAACACUUUAAUACUCACCCUGAUACAAUUGUAAGAAAUAUUGUUACCAGACUUUUAUCAAAAAUUUUCAGCCCAAAGCAUAGCACUGAAGUUGACUUAGAUGAAAUGACACAGAAAAUAGUUAACUUAAUAAGUAACCAUCUGGACGAGAACAAAAGUCACACUCUGCGUGACUACAGAGAACAGUCUUUCCCAUCCAUCAAUAGAGAUACUGUGGAUGAACUUGUCACCUCCGUUUAUGGAAAUGUUUUAAAGCAGCUUGGCUUAGGUGCUGACACUGAAAAAGAGCUUAAAGAUAGUGAAGUCUUGGUGGAAAAUAUUGCCAAUUUGGUUGUAGCAAAUAUUUCAGAUUCCCUUCUUCAACCAUUCUUUUCUGGGGAUUUGUCAGCUUCUUCCCAUCCCAUCCCAAUGACAGACACUAUUGAUCACGAUGUCAUUAGUAAUAUUAGCAAGCCUACCAAACCAAGCGAGACUUCAUCGUCAUACAACACCUUGCUGCCAUACACAUUUUUAGAAGACAUGAUCAGAGUGCUACUGUGUAGACUGUUUCCUUGUGCAUCUAACAUGGUUUUAAACAGAGAAUCUCCAAAAGAUGCAUCAGAAGUGAAUUUCAAUGAAAUUGCUUCUAACCUUAUCAAUGAUAUUAGAAUGAAAAUUUGCCAGCAUGAAAUUCGAUUUUCAAAAGAUGAAGAAGAAACCAAGUUUGCUUAUUCAGAAGAUGAUGUGCAGCAUCUUGUUAAUUCAGUACUUGACAAUAUUUCACAAAACUCUGGCUCUCAAGAGUUAGCCAAGCAAAAUAUUUCAAGCAGUAAUGAUGCUCUUAUUGAUAGAAUUGCAGGUUUUAUCAUUAAAUAUGUCUGUCAGAAACAUCUUCAUCCAUUUUUGGAUGGAAAAUCAUUAUCUUCUUCAUCAUACACAAAUUUUGACGAUGAGCAAAGGCAAUUAUUUUAUGUUAAUGCUUAUUCCUCAGAAUUUUUAGAAGACAUUGUCUGUGGAGUCUUAAGUAAAAUAUUCCACAGGGCAAUAGGCAUUGUACAAACAAAAUUAGAAAGACACUCUGAAGAUGAACUGUUCGAUAAAGUUGAAGAACUUAUUCACUUGAUAAUAGAUGAAUUUUCAAAAUCCAAAAUUAGUAUUAUAGAUAGUGCUGAAGGACGACUGUAUUUACCUCCAGUGGAGAAAGAUGUAGUAAAAAAAAUUAUUGACACAGUGUACAGCAAAGUUUUACAAGAAUAUGAAAUGAGAACAAUGCCUGGUGAAGAUUUUCUAUAUGACACAAUAACAUUGGCUGCAAAGAUAACUAAAGUCAUCCUCGCUGAAAUUUUUGACUUCCAAAUUCAUCCUGAUAUUAUUGAAAAUCUGCCUAGCAAGUCAUAUUCCCAACUCAAUGCAAAUGUUUUGAUUAAGAGAGUUCAGCAUGCUAUUAGUAAAUCACUAUUGCGAGGAAAGUCUUCAACAAUAUAUACUACCAUGUUACCAUAUACUCAUUUGGAAAAAAUAGUCACUCAGCUUAUAUCCCAGAUGAGUCCAUUUGACUCUAGUUUACAAGAUUUAGAUGCUUGUCAAUCAGACUUAAACAAUACAGUUAUAAAAUUGAUAAAUGAAAUAAUGUCAAUAAUUUCAAAGCAUGCAAUAUGUAUUAUAAAACAUGGUAAUGAAAAACAAAACAUGUUUUCAGAAAAAGAUGUGCAGUCCAUGAUUGAUUCCAUUUAUGCUGAUCUUUCUUACUCAAAUUUGUACCAGUCUCUUACAAAAGGUAAAAAGGGCAAAAGUAACAUACCUGUGUCAAAGAUAGCAAGCCUUAUAAUAAAAGAAAUUUUCAACCAUCAUCUCCAGUCAUUUUUAACUGGAGAUAAAACUCUCCUUUCAGCUCCGGUUGAUAGAACUUAUAAACAGAAAGAACUAAAUCCUAAACAUAGAAAAUUAUCUCUCAUUGUGAACUCUGCUGUCUUUUUUGAAGAAGUAAUUUCUGAACUUCUGUGCAAAAUCCUUUAUGCAUUCACAAAUAAUGUCUCAGCUGCUGAAAACCUAGACAGAGCAAAAGCCAGAAUUACUGACAUCGUUACUGCUUUAGUCAAAUCAAUUGUUCUGGAGUUUACCACAUCAGAGAUUUUGGUUGCAGACAGCAUUGAUGAAAAUUUAUAUUUUUCAGAAGGAUACAAAGAAAUGGUUCAAAACACAGUAAACAUAAUUUAUGAAAAAAUAUUAGAUGAAUAUAAAUCUCUGAUUCAAGUAUAUAGGGUUAUUCAAAGUGAUACUGAUUCCUUUGGAAAGAAAAUAUAUAACUUGCUACUGGAAGAAAUUUAUGAUUAUCAGGUACAGUCAUUAGUUUCAGGAGAAUUACUGUCAGCUUCCUAUUCUUCACUUCGAGCUGAUAAUAUCAUUAGAAAUGUGCUCAAUAUCAUCAUGAAAGAUAGCUAUGCCUUGCCAUCAUGCAUUACAGUGCUGCCUCAUUCUCUAUUAGAAGAUAUGGUUUACAAACUUUUGGUGCAUAUCUUCCCUUCAUCCAAUACAGAAAAUGAACUUAAAGAGGAAGAGGUUUUAUCAGAUUAUGAGUCAGUGGAUGCAGCUUCAAAACUGACUGAUGAAAUUAUAAAAGAAAUUUCUGAACAUGAGAUCCGACUUGCCACCGCAGAGGAGAAUGCAGAAAGCAUACAAUUAGAAGCUAUUGAAAAUUUUGCUGACACCAUAUGUAGUAAUAUUUUGAAAAACUCUGAAUUUCAAGCUGAAGUACAUACAGACAAAGACAAAAAACAAGGCUCAUUUCUCAGUAAAAUAGCCAGUUUCAUUCUGAAGGCAAUAAUGGAUCAUCAUCUAAAACCAUUUUUACAUGAUGAGGAAUCAUCUUCCAGUGACUUACCUGAUCAUGUAACUGUACUUGCUAAAUCUGGUAAAGAAAAGGCGCAGCCUGCUCUAUAUUCAGCUACAUUUUUGGAAGAUGUAAUUGUUAACCUUGUGCACAAAUUUUGUGCUGUCCCAACUGUCAUUGAAGAUCCCAAGAAAAAAGAAAGGUCAGAACCUGAUAUUGUGGGCUUGGCUAUCAAGUUUGCAAACUCUUUGAUAGGGGAAUUUACAAAGAAUGAAAUUAAAAUUUUACCCCAUGCUGAAGAAAUAUUUCCUUUUCCACCAAUUGAUAAAGAAGCAGUUGAUAAAAUAUCCAAUUUUGUAUAUGAUCAGUUCAUUGGAAAAUAUUCAUCUGAUGAGAUACCUAAAAAUGAUAACAAUAAUUUUGUUGUGGAAGUGAUUGCCACUUUAGCCCAGAAGGCAAUAUCUGCAUUUAAGAUUCAACCACUUUUUUCAGGGGAUUGGUCUUCCACUUUCUUUUCAUUUCUAAAUCCGGAAAACAUCACCCAAAGGGUUCAAAAAAUACCACCAAAAACUACUCAAAUAACUAGGUGUUUAAGUUGGAACCAACUUAUUGUUGUCAAAACGAAGAAUACAUCCAUGAGAAAAAUUGAUAUCCAAAAACCAGUACCUAACACUGUAACUGCCGUUUUGAAAGCCAAUAUGAUUAACUUGAGAUCAAAGUCAGCUGAAUGUGUGGCAAAUAAAAAGAGAGAGGGUGAAAAUAGAUUGAGAAUUUCUAUGCAAAAGCACAGUGACAAUACAUCAAAAAUUAUUUCAACUAUCAAUAUGAAACAUAAAGAUAUUGAGGAGUCAGAGUUGAAUGAGACACUUAAAAGAAGUGGAAUUGAGAAAAGCAUAUCAUCUCCAAAAGUUGAGAAGGCGUUAGAGGAUGAAUCACACAGACAUAUUUUAGCUUCAUCUGUUGAUACAGAAUGUAAGAAGGAAGUGCUUGAGCCAGAUACUGAAAUAGAAAUUGAAAAAAAGAUCGAGAGUACAGGAGAAAGUUCAUUUGAAAAAGAUGACAAGCCCUUUCAUUUAUUUUGUUUGAAAUCCAAGCAAAGAGAUGUAGGGACUAUCACAGAUAAAACUUUGGAAAAAACCCAAAGGUCAUGCAAUGAGAAGAGGAGAGACUCUUCAGCUCAAAUAGAUAUGGAUGAGGAACAACAUUCAGAUGAUGAAUAUGUCGAAAACAUCAUAGAAAACAUCUAUGAUGAUGUUUUUGAAGUACCUUCUCAAGAAUCAGCCCAUUUUUCAAAAUACAGACACAGCAAGACCUCCCAGGGUGAUAGAAUAUUGAAUGUAAUAAAGGACUUUAACAAAGACUCCACACCAUCACUUAUAACAAAAGAUUUAUCGGCUUCAGUUAACAAAAAUAUCCCUUCCAGAAGGAAAGAAAAGGAACAGAAAGAGAGAGAGAAGGAGAAAGGAACUGAAAGCAAAAAGGAGAAAGAAAUGGAAAAAGAAAAAGAUACAGAGAAAGAAAAAAAGAGAGAGACCAAGAAACAGAUAUUAAGAGAGAAAGAGAUAAGCAGUGAAUCCAGUGAGCCAGAUCAUCCUCAGGACUUACCAAACAGUAAACCUAAAGUCUUUCCAGCUACAUUUUUAGAAGAUGUUGUCAUUGAAAUGGUUAACAAACUGGUAUUUUCCUCCUCACCAGAAGCACAAACAUGUGAUAAAUAUUCAAACCUACAUGAUGAUGAUGAUGAUGAUCAAACUGAACUCUAUGACACAGCUAUGAAACUUAUUGAUUCACUUUUAAAAGAGUUUUCAGAUUCUCACAUUAAGGUAUUUAGGCCAGAUACAAAAAAUCAAUUUCUCCCACCUGCACAUGAAAUCUCUUCAGUUCCUAAAGUACCUUCCAGUUACAAAGAAUCAAGUAAAGAUGAAGCAUUACCCAGCAUCAAAACUAAACCUGUGGGAAAAAUGCCACAUAUGCAUAAACAACUUUCUUCAGCUAAAGCGCCUUUGCUCAGUGAAAUGCUCUCAGUCGAUAAAACAAUGGUCAAUAAAGUUGUUCAUUCAUCUAUUUGCAACAUUUUGAAGGAAUAUAGAUCUCAAGACUCUAUCUGUAAGAAUAUAAAUUCUAAUGGGGAAAAUUUAGCCAAAAAGCUGACUAGUGCAGUAAUAAAUGAAAUUUUUCAGCACCAGCUUAACAUGUUUUCUUGUGAUGUUCCAGUUUCAGAAUGCCGGCCUCUAGAAUCAAGAGAUGUUUAUAAAAAGGUCCAAAAGGUGACCCAAACAGCCAAUAAGGAAUGUCAAACGUCAUCACCAUAUACCAUAAUGUUGCCCUAUAAAUUUUUAGAUGAUGUGAUUUCUGCUCUCUUAUCCAAAAUUUUCUCAACAAUAUCCAAUAACAGCCCCAAAAUACAAGCUACUGAGGGUGAUUCAUUCAUGGAAUUGGAUUUCCUUCAAAUGAAGUUAGUAAGUAUAGUUGCAAUGGGGAUCUCCAAAAAUGAAGACAUGACUAUUCAAUAUGUAGAAUCGUUACAUUCCAAUGAUGAAGAGAUCAUUCAGUUAGUAGUUCAGUCUAUAUAUGAUAAUCUUUUGCCACAGUUUGGAUCACAAGAGAUUAUACAAAAUUGUGUGGCCAAUGGAUGCAGAAUCCUUUCAGAAACUAUAGCUGACUUAGUUAUAAAAGAAAUAACGGGCAAUCAACUGCAGAAGUAUUUUUGUGGAGAGCUAAGUCCAUAUCAAUAUGCAGAUGUUGAUAGUAUUGUUGAAAAUAUUCUUAAAGAUGUUAUCCAACCUACUGAUAUCCCACCACCGCAACCACCAAAUGCUCAUAAAAUGUCUUACACCAUUAUAGAAGAAGUUGCUGUAAAAUUUUUAUCAAAGAUUUUAUCAGUGCUUCCAAAUGUUCAGAAAGAAAAAACAAAACCUCUAGAAACUGAAAUGCAGAGAAUAAUCUCAAAAAUCUUAAAUUCAGUACAAGAAUUUAUCUCCAAAAGUAAGAUUAAACUUGUACUGCCAGCCAAGGAAUCAUCUACUGUAUCUCCAGCGGAAAAUGCAGGCAUUGAAAAAAUAGUUAAUGCUGUUUGUACCAACAUUUUAAAGCACUCUGGUUCUUAUACUUCUAUACUUAAAGACUUACUGGGUAACAGCAAGGUUGUCUCUGAUAUAAUUGGGUUUUUAAUGGUGAAAGAAAUUUCCAAUUCUGAAUUUCAACCUCAAGGAGAGGAAGAAGUAUCAAAUACAGAAUUAGCUCUGGAAGCUGUCAAAAUUAUGGAAAAAGUAAUGAAAAUUACUGAAGAAUUUAAGUUCCAAGACAAAGCUUCAUCUCAAGCAUUUUCUGUGUUAGACGGCAAAUUUUUAGAGGAAAUACUGGCCUUGUUGUCGGCUAAACUAGUAAGGCCACCAAAUGCUUCAAGCAAAGACACAAGCAAUGCAUCACAGCCUGAAUUAAAUAAAAUUGCCUCUCAAUUGACAAAAUCUGUAACUGCUGAAAUUUCCAGAAGUAAUAUUAGUCUUGUAGCUGCUAAUCCUGAAAACACCCUUUCAAAUGCAGAAAAUACAGAAAUGGUUUCCCAGGUUGUUAACUCUGUUUACAGUGAUGUCUUGCAAUAUUCUGGAACCAACAAAGAAAUUAAUGAUAUAAAAGAUACAAAAACAUUACUCCCUGACAAAGUGGCUAGUUUAAUUAUUGAAGAGGUUUUAAAUUCCCCAUUAGGUACAGAUAGCAAGAAAAGUGCAGAAUCUGAUCUCUUUGGAGAUCUAGACCUUAAAAGGAUUGUUGAAAAGGCACAAGAACAUGUUAUUAAAGUGACACCUGACUCAGACAGAGAAGAGUCAGAUCAUGAUGCAUAUGAAGAGGAAUUUCCAAUUAAAAUAAUUCCACAUGUUGGUAGAAAGCCAAUCAAAGUAGAUCCAAAUAUUAUUUCAGAACACUUAGCUGUCAUUUCUGUAAAAACACAACCACUUGAGAAAAUCAAGAUGGAGUGCCUAAGAAGAACUGGACAUAGCAUUGCAGAACUGAGAAAAGCAUCACUAAGUGGGAGAAGUUACUGCUCCUUAGACUCCUGUGCUUUAGGAAACAGAAAAAAAGAAAGACGCAUCUCACUGAAUAUGAUAGGACGUCUGGAUGUAAAACCAUUGGAGCCUGUUUGUAGAAAUUCAUUUCAGAGUAUAAGAAAGCCUGAUAUAACCAAGGUAGAGCUAUUGAAAGAUGUCCACUGCAGAAGAGAUCUUAUCACUCGUUUAGUGGCUCACGAUAUUGAGCAUGGAGAUUCAGAAACUAACUUAGAAGAAACCAUUUCUGAUGAAGAUGAAAUUGUUUUAGGAGAGGUUGUUGGACAACAAGAAUGCACACAUGAACUAUGUGAACUUCAACUCAAAGACGCCAUGAAGACGACAACAAGCAAAGCUGUUACUCCAAAGAGUGCAGUAAGCGCAGGUAGCCUGAAAAGGCUUUUAGCACUCAGCAAAUGCUGUCAUCCUACAUACAGUGCAAAUAUAGAAAAUGCUGAAGCCAUCUCAACUCUGAGAACAGACUCCAAUGAGAGACAAGUUAAAAAAGCUAUUGGUGACCUUGACGUGGCCACAACAAAAAUCUUGACUGCAGCAAACGCUCCUAGGGAGAAAAAAUUACAAAGUAAGGAAGAAAGGGUUAUUGUUCCUGAACCACCACAUUUCUUACUACAUAGAAUUAUGAGUUCUUCUUCUUACAACCAAGAAGAUCUCAUUUCAACUAUCAGCGAGACUGAACAAUCCAGCUCAGAUCCCAGUGCUUCAGUAUUAGAAGAAAGCUAUCAGGAACGAAAGCCGGAGCAUGCAAGCAGUGUGAAGUUUAUCACCAUCUUUGAAGGGUCCAGUGAUGCUGCUGGCAGUGCAUAUUCCUCAAAGGAAACCAUUGCAGACUCUCCCAAAGCCAGUAUUUCCAAACAAGGAUCUAAUAUGCUUGCCAAGGUGUCCUCUGCUCUUUCAAAAGUGUUUUCCCGACCUAAUAAUGAUACUUCAAAAUCAUCCUCACCAUCUAAUCAGAACAAGCAAUGAAGUUUCUAUUCCUGCUAUAAGUAUGCUUGAUUCCUUUAGAAAUAAAGUAUUUUUAAA